UUUUUCAUAAAUUGGGUUAAAUUUAUAUUUUGCGGCCAUUUAUUAUGUUUUGUCGUCUUUUUCCUCAUUUUGCGGACAAUUUCCAUAUUUGCGGAUUUUUUUUCGAAUUUUGCGGACAGUUUCCAUAUUUGCGGAUUUUUUCGAAUUUUGCGGACGUUUUUAUAUUUUCCGGGAAUAUUCACCAUAUUUUUUUAUAUAUUUUUAAAAAUUUUAUUAGAUAUGAGAAUGAAUUCCUUCAAGAGAUGUCUUCUUUAAAUGUCCUAGAACCAGAUGUUCUUACUCGAGUUAGUGAAUAUAUUCCAGAAAUUAUUGAUUAUGUAAAUAAAAUUAUUGAAAAUGGUUAUGCUUAUGUUUUGGAUGGAUCGGUUUAUUUCAAUACAAAAGCCUUUUCCUGCUCUCCAAACCACAAUUAUGCCAAACUAUUGCCUGAAGCAUACAAAGAUGAGGGAUGUAUAGAAAAACAUUUACGUGAAGGAGAAGGAGAAUUGUCGGUCUGCAAUAAUAUUCAAAAUGUUGAAAAAAUUUCAAAAUGCGAUUUUGCUUUGUGGAAGGCUUCAAAAAAUGGAGAACCUUUUUGGGAAAGUCCUUGGGGGAAAGGUCGCCCAGGUUGGCAUAUUGAAUGUUCAGCAAUGAGUAUGUCUGUAUGUGGAUCAAAGUUGGAUAUUCAUGCUGGGGGAUUUGACUUGAAAUUCCCACAUCAUGAUAAUGAAAUUGCACAGUGUGAAGCAUAUUCUGACUGUGAUCAUUGGGUCAACUUUUUCUUGCAUUGUGGAACACUUAGAAUUGCUGGAUUAAAAAUGUCAAAAAGUUUAAAGAAUUUUAUAACGAUUAAAGAUGCUUUACAAAAAUACACUGCUAGGCAAUUAAGAAUUUUGUUUUUAAUGCAUAUUUGGUCUGAUAAUUUGGAUUACAGUGAUGCUACAAUGGACCAUGUGUUACACUUUGAAAAGCUUUGCUGUGAAUUCUUUUUGAAUAUUAAAGAUAUUAUAAGAAAACAGACGAAGGAAAGUGGAGAAAUUAAUGAGUGCUUCAAAAAAUUCGAUCAACGUGAUAUUGAAGUAUUCAACAAUUUUACUUUGCUCCAAUCAGAAAUACAUUUAGCUUUGUGUGAUUCAAUCGAUACAAGAACUGUUUUGGAAAAAAUUCGUUCAAUAAUUUCUUUAAUAAAUUUGUAUUUAAUUGAAAAACAAGAAGCAAAACCAAAUUGCAAUUUAUUGGCAAAUUGUGCAAAUUAUGUAAUUAAAUUGAUGAAAAUACUUGGAGCUGAUACUGGAUUUAAAGAAUUUAAUUUUCGACAAGAAUCAUCAGAAAAUCAUUGUGUGGAUAAAGAAGCAAUAUUAAUGCCAUAUUUGGAGGCACUAGCCAAUUUUCGGGAGGUUGUUAGAAGUGAAGCUAGGACGUCGAAAAAUAUUAAUAUUUUAAAGGAAUGUGAUCGUCUUCGAGAUGAAAUAUUGCCCAAUCUUGGUGUCAGACUUGAAGACCACACAAAAGAUACUCGAUUAAAAUUAGUUGAUCGAGAAACUUUAAUGCGUGAAAAAGAGCAAAAAGAGGCUGAACUUCGAGAAAAAGAAGAAAAGAAGAGACUUUUGGAAAAGGAGAAGGAAGAGAAAAGAAAAAUUAAGGAAGAAAAGAAGCAAAAACAAAGGGAAGCAGCUUCUAAAAAUAAAUCAUAAUAGAAAAAGGUUGACCA